AUGCCACCUCAAUUCACCUUCAACACCUCCUCAACCCCCAUCCUGCUACUCAAAACCAAAUCCUCCCCGACAGACAGCUACGAAGAAUACUUCUCCGCACACAACUACACCCCCACCUUCAUCCCAGUCCUCGAACACAACUUCCACACCCCGAACCUAACCGCCGUGAAACAGCUCUUCCAAUCCGGAGCCCUAAAACCCGGCCCGGGCCGCAAAUACGGUGGCCUGAUAUUCACAAGCCAAAGGGCGGUUGAAGGAUUCGCAACAAUCCUCAACGAUAUCGAUGAAUCAACCAAACACACCUCCUCCCAAUCCCUGAUCCUUUACACCGUUGGCCCCGCUACCUCCCGAUCCCUAGCCUCCAUCCGAGAACACCACCUCCCCCACUCGACUAUCCUCGGCUCGGACACGGGGAACGGUGAGAACCUCGCGCACUUCAUCCUCGACCAUUACAACUCGUUGUAUGACUCGCAAGCUGGCCCGAAGCCGCCGCUGUUGUUCCUGGUCGGGGAGCAGCGGAGGGAUAUCAUUCCCAAGACGUUGAUGGCGGGGUCGCUGUCGCCGGAGCAGCGGAUUGGGGUUGAUGAGCUGGUGGUAUACGAGACGGGUGUUAUGGAGGGUUUUGAGGAGAGUUUUGCGGGGGCGGUUCGUGCUUCGGAGGAGUUCUUGGGGGGUGGGGGGGAGAGGGCGG